ACACUCACACGAAUACUCUCUUUACUGUAACUGCACAAUCUUGUUUGUUUUCUUCAAUACGAAGGAAAAAAAAAACGUUACGGGUUCUCGCGAUUGAAGCUUGAAAUUGCAUUCUGGACAUUCGAUAUGGCUGAUAACAAGGAUGAAGGAAGCGCCAAGGGCUAUGCUUUCCCUCUCAAGAACCCUAAUGUUACCCUGAAUGAGAGAAAUUUUGCAGCCUUCACUCACCGCCAAGCUGCUGCACAUCCUUGGCAUGACUUGGAGAUUGGUCCGGAAGCUCCUACUGUUUUCAACUGCGUUGUUGAAAUUAGCAAAGGUGGCAAGGUUAAGUACGAGCUUGACAAGAACAGUGGCCUUAUUAAGGUUGACCGUGUUCUCUACUCAUCCAUUGUGUACCCCCACAACUAUGGUUUUAUACCUCGAACUAUCUGUGAAGACAGUGAUCCUAUAGAUGUCCUGGUGCUGAUGCAGGAGCCUGUGCUAACCGGAUCAUUCCUCCGUGCCCGUGCUAUUGGUCUAAUGCCUAUGAUUGAUCAGGGUGAAAAAGACGACAAGAUAAUUGCAGUAUGUGCUGAUGAUCCUGAGUUCCGUCACUACAGAGAACUGAAUGAGCUUCCCCCUCACCGUCUAGCUGAAAUCCGCCGCUUCUUCGAGGACUACAAGAAGAACGAGAACAAGAAAGUCGACGUUGAAGCUUUCCUUCCAGCUCAAGCUGCCAUAGAUGCAAUCAAGGACUCCAUGGAUCUUUACGCAGCUUACAUCAAAGCUGGCCUGCAACGCUAAUGAAGAAACCAGUCCUCCAUCCCUCCUGGUUCGCAUUGAUGUCAGUAUCACUGAAGCAGCCGUCUAUAGUAAAAGUUUCACUUGGUGCAUUUGCGUAA